GUACAACUCGGAAGACUGCCGUCCGAGGAUUCAGGAACACACCAUUGAAGUGGUUCUGAAAAAAAUAGUUUGGACAAUUUUGUAAACAAAUUGUUAGACCAUGUGUGUAUUUUGGGAAGUCAAACAUAUUUUUUUUUUAGAUAUAUAUUCUUUCUAACUAAAACAGACUGGUUUAUAGUAGGCUAGUUAUACAUAAUCAUACUUAAUCUUUCUUGUUUGUCCUUCUUGGAUCAAAAAAGUUCAUCCUAUCGUAUUGAUCCGUUUUCUUAUUUUAACACUUUAACACAAACAUAAUUAUGGUUAAUCUAGAAGGAGCAGUAUGGAGCGCUGGAGACUAUUUGGAAGGGCAGAGAGGGCGGGGGCGAGGCCGACCCUUGCUCUGUGAAGACACACAACAGGUGUCAAUUAACCAAUUAAGAAGUUAUUGAAAAGCAGACCAUCUUCCCCAGUUUAACAUCCCUGGCUUUGCAACCAACUGGUAAUACAAGCUGCCGUCACCUGUCUGCAGGAGCCUGGGUUAUAUUUUAUUCGAAUAGGUUUCCAACUCCGUUUUGAAGUCUCCGAAGAUGUCUGGCCGUGGAAAGAAGGCGCCAACCAAGACUACGGGCGCCGUCUCAAGGUCUGCCAGAGCGGGGCUCAGCUUUCCCGUGGGCCGUAUCCAUAGGCUGCUGCGGAAGGGCAACUACGCCCAGCGGGUGGGCGCGGGGUCCUCGGUUUACCUGGCCGCUGUCCUAGAGUACCUGUGCGCUGAAAUCCUGGAGCUCGCGGGGAACGCCUGUCGCGACAACAAGAGAACGCGCAUCGCCCCGCGACACAUACUGUUGGCUGUCCGCAACGACGAGGAGCUCAACAUGCUCCUAGCCCAAGUGGUGAUCUCGGAGGGCGGCGUCCUGCCAAACAUCCAGGAUGCCCUGAUGCCCAAGAAGACCAAGGGCUCCUCCAAGGACGACAGCGUGGCUAAAGACGUUCAGUCCCAAGAGUUUGAAUUGUUACUAUUCGAGUUUUUAAAUGUAUCAACUGAUUUAAAUAAAGCUAUUUUCUUACUCACAUUUGCGAUUUGGCACUUAUGGGAACAACAAAGUUGGCUCACUUCACUACACAAACUUUACGUAUCUAGGUAGGCUAAUGGGUUUCCU